AUAAUCAGCGUGGAUUAGAAAGAAUAUGUCCUUACUGCUUCCAGUUCCUGGUUCCUGACAGUCUCCGGGUGCGUCUCAAACCAAAGAUGAAAGUGACUCCACAGAUAGAGAAAGUUCUUAAACAAGAGGCAAAGAACCAUAAACUUAAUAUGAAACAGACAAAGCUUUUGAAAAAGUACAGGGAGUCAAGAAGUGUUUUGCUGGUUACUUGCAAGUCAUGCAACAAAACAACAAGACACUAUGGUAAAAGCAGGGAUUUUCUGGCUACCAAGACACACAAUUCAAGCACUCCAAGUAUUAGAUCUAGCCUGAGGACAUCAGAUGUAAAAAUACAGUCUGCAAACAAGGCGACACCUGUGAGCUGCAGUAGGUUGGGAUCUAAAGGGAACAGUCCCUCAUCACUUCCCAGAACACAUCUAUCUGGACAGGCGACAAGCAGCUCUGCUUCCAAGACUCCCCGAAACUCCAAAUUUCACUUUUCUAAGCUAAAACGGAUGCUUAACCUAGAAGAAAAAGAGAAAAGCCAGAAAGCAGAUUUGAAAACCUUCUUGACUUUACUGUAGUUAUUCAUUAUUUCAAAGGAAUAAAGAUUACAGCAAUAA